ACCGUCCCAACACACACACUUUCCUCUGACGGAGCAGUACAUACACCAAUAGCAGUAGGCCCAGGACGGGCAAUAAGCAGGGAGGGACUUCCUUCAGGUCCGCUGCAGCUCGGUGACACGUAACUAAAGCUAAAGGUGUCGUGCAAAGCUAAUAGGGUGAAAGUAAACAGAGCUGUAUGGGAAACUUUUCCUCCAUCCUGGAAAUGGAUGUUCCACACCAGAGAAUCUGCUUCCAUCUGAGCUGGAAAAUCCUGGUUUAAAUGACUGCUCUUGGAAUGUAAAGCCCAUAAAGAGGGGAAAGUUUUUUGGAGAAAGUUGUUGUGUAUGCUCAGCGUGGAGGAGAACAUGGGCAGUGGGGUUUGCUCCAGAAAGCAAAGGAAAAUCUUCCAGUUGUUGCUUCUCACCACUGUGGUUUUUGUCCUCGUUUAUGGAGGAAUGAUUUGGUAUGAAAUGCACCAGCAGCUCAAGAGGACGGAAGCUCUGGCUCUGAAAUACCAGCAGCACCAGGAGUCUCUCUCAGCCCAACUCCAAGUUGUGUAUGAGCAUCGGUCCAGGCUGGAGAAAUCGCUACAGAAAGAACGGCAAGAGCACAAAAAGUCCAAGGAAGAUUAUCUGGUUUAUAAACUGGAGGCGCAGCAGUCACUGAAUAAGGAGAAGCAAGAUGCCAGCAGCAGGAUUAACUCUCUACACACACAGCACCAGAUGCUGAAGAAUCAGCAUGAGGAGCUGAAGAAACAGUUCUAUGAGCUGCAGGAGCAGCAUCAUGCUCAAGGUGAAGACCACAGUAAGGUUGUGGAUGAUCACCAGCAGAGAUACGAGCGAUUACAGCAGACUAAAGAGAUUGAGAUCUCUAAACUCAAAGAAAGUGUUUAUAACCUGCGGGAAGAGAACAGGCAGCUGAGGAAGGCUCAUCAGGAGAUCCAUGUGCAGCUUCAGGAUACAAGGCAACAGCACAAGAACUUAAAAGCAGCCCAUGAUCAGCUUGCAUUGACCCUGGAGGACCACAAGAGUGCGCUAGCAGUGGCUCAGGUCCAGGUGGAUGAGUAUAAGCAGCUGAAGGAGACUCUGAAUAAAAUGCCGACUCUGAAGCAGCCGGAAGAACAUCAACCUGCUGCGACUCAGAGCAGAAGAGCAGAGCAGGGGCAGAAGCAAGAUGUGAGAAGGGUGGAAGGAGUACAGAAAGAAGAGAGGAGGCUUGAAGGCAUGGAUCAGCCUCACAAAACAGAACAGCAUGAUCUGCUUCACCAUGAAGAAGAAGAAGAAGAGAAAGAACCAGAACAAAACCUGCCUGAUGAAAAUGCAUUAGAGAGGGAGAGUCACAUUGCACAGCCGGUGAGUGCUACUCAGGGAAACCACAUCAAAUCUGCCUAUGAGCAGCAGCAGGAAGAACAGCGGCGUUUAGCUGCUCAGUUGGAGGAGGAACAGCAGCAGCUUCUUCAGAGAAAGGAAGAACUGCAGCGAGAGAGGGAGGAGAGAGAACGAAUGGGGAGAGAGAGGGAGGAGAGAGAACGAAUGGAGAGAGAGAGGGAGGAACGAGAGCGGAUGGAAAGAGAGAAGGAGGAGAGAAGGCAGCGAGAAGAGCAGCAGCACAGAGAACUCCAGGAACAGCAGCUCCAGGAUGAACAGCUCAGGAAAAAAUCGCUGUAUGUAAAUAUGGAGCCUGGCGUUGUCCAUCAUGAAGAAGAGAAUAAUGUCCACCCCGAGGAAGUACAGGGACAAGAGGAAGACAAGCAUGCGCAUCAUGAAGAGCAAACCAUGGAGGCGGACAUUGAUCCAGCAAACGAUCCCAACAAUCAAGGAGAGGACGAGUUUGAGGAAGCUGAGCAGCAGGCCCAUGAGGACGAGGAGGAAGAAGAGCCAGUGCCUGCAAGACACCCUGAUGCACACUUAAUCAAAGAGAAUCAGCAGCAAGCUCCAGCUGAUGAACAGCUGGUGAUGGCAGGAAAUGCGGACGAACAGGAAGAAAAUUUGGAGGAGCAAUAUCAGGAAGAGGGAGAAGAUGAGGCUCAGGAAGAUUUGGCUGUGCAGCAGAAACCGGAAGAGAGAGGAGUAGAAGAAGCAGAUCCUUACAACGAAGAGAACGGAGAACAGGAUGACGCUAGAGAGCAGGAGGAUAUGGGGCCUGAGAAACAGCCUGCCAAAGAACCUAAUGAGGAGGAGAACUAUGAAGAGGAAGAGGAGGAUCCAGAGGAAGAGGCCCAUCACAGGGCAGAGAUGUGAGCCUUUUCUUUGUGUCCUUUCAUUACUGUAGGAGGAUUAAGCUGCAUGAAGGAGCGAUUCUACUGGGACUUUCACCUUCAUUUGUUGUAACACCCCCUUGAGUUGGACAUACUAGACUGAUAUAUUUCGUUCACUGUGCCUUUAUUUUGCUAAUUUGUAAAUGGAGCACUGAUGUGUAAUGAGAAAUCUGAACAACGCUGUAGACAGAAUGUUGAUGAUCGGAGUGCCAUUUAAAAUUUUUUAAAUAUUUAAUGUUUACCAUACAGGUGCCUUUCAAAAAAUUUGAAUAUCGUAGAACAGUUGAAUAUAGGAAAGUUCCACUUUUUGAAUGAUAUUCAAAUUUUUUUUUAGAUGCACCUGUGUGUGUGUGUGUGUGUGUGUGUGUGUGUGUGUGUGUGUGUGUGUGUGUAUAUAUAUAUAUAUAUAUAUAUAUAUAUAUAUAUAUAUAUAUAUAUAUAAUGUAACUUGUCUUCUGUCUAUAUUAAAUCGUGUUAUAUGGCUGGAUGUUUUUGAAAACAGACAGUGCUCUAUACAGUAAGAAUACUGUUUGUGACACUACACUGAUGUUUAUUAUUUGUUGGCAGAUGGAUGUUGCUAAUGAUCAUAUUUUUUAUUUUACCCUUAUAGGUGUUGUAUAAUAUUUGGGCGGUGAAUACUUAUUAAGAAAAUAUUUUUCGCUACUACAAACAAAUGUAGAGCAACUUGGAUCCAAGAUAUUUGAAAUUUGGCUUGUGUGCCUUAUUUGAAUGUCAUAUUUCUGUUGGUUUUUCUGUGUUCCUAUGUCAUAUUGCUCUGUAUGUUGGAUUUGGCUAUCAUACUGAACAUUUACUAAAGUCACUGUACAAUUAGCACAGUCAAGUCUCUACUUGGGAACGAGCCCUCGUAAGUCUUGGAUAGAAAUGAAAAGGCUAAACUUCACGCCGUGUUAAUUAUGCAGUUUAAACACCCUCAUUUACUAACAUCCCAAAUAACGCAUGUUCAUUUUUGCGUGUUCUGUUCAUAAUGUAUGUUUGAACGAAAACCUUUUCACAAUCUCUAUUUAAAUGCAGUUGCCACAGGAGGUGUGAAUGUGUGGUGAAAAUGUGAUACCAAACAUAUUGUACUGCAGUAAUAUUUAGUCAUUAAUAAUUUUUUUAAACCAUCUUUUUGGGAUACUGAGGCAUAAUAUUUCUCGUUAUUAACUUAGUUUAAAAAAAACCUGGUGUGGCAGGAAAUGGCAGAAAUGGAUUUUUGCUAAAUAAAAUCAGUCCGUACAGGGUUUUGCAGAGUUUUUCUGCGAUUGUUGCAGCAAAAAUGCUUGAUUUUCCUGCAGCCUUUCCCCCUAAAAUUUGCGAGGUAACUUGCAGAGUUUUUUGUGCUUUUUGUUUGUUUGUUUAUUUUGCACGAUCUUUCACAGUGAUGUUUGUUGGUAAAUGAGAACUUUAAGCUGUAUUCAUGUUCGACGCAUGUGAAUAGAAGAGGGCUAUGGCUGAAUACGCGUUGUGAUGAUGUCACAUGACACAUCUUGGCCCUAAUCUGCGGUAAUUUUCAAAAAUUGCAAGCUCCUCCGAAUAUUACGCCGUUUCCUUGAUUUUGAGUUCAUUUCUGCGAUCACAAAAUCGAAUUAAUCUGGGCCUUUAAUCGCCGCUCCCUAAGCGAUUUACAGGUUUACUAAAUCUAUAUGCAUUGACGUUGACUAUAUUUUGCAUAUGAAUCGCAUAUGAAUAUUCAUAUUCGUAUGAAAGACGCAAUCUUAAGUAGACCCUGUUAGUAAAUCAGCUUGCACCUGUUUUUGCAGCUGUUGUCAAGUUUGUUUAAGUAAAUCAGAGCCUGAGUUUUUCUAUUAAACUAUGUAUUUUAUUUCUAGUCUCACUACUUAAGCUGAUAAUGAAAUGUAUUUACUGAGAGAGAAAAUAAUUCCACUACAACUCUUCACUGCUAAAGUGGAGGCCUGUGAUGGACUGGUGUCAUAUCAACGUUGUAUUGCUCCAGAGUGUCCAGAGUGUCCAAGUCACUGGUUACUGAAGAUGAAUGAAUAAACUAGAGACUGUAAGCUUUCAUUACUUGUUAGCCUUGUACUAUAGCUACAGUGCAAACUUUAGACAGCAAACGUAUCUUGGGUAAAGGAAUGUUUACAUUUGAAUAUUUGGCCAAAAUAGAGCUUAUAUAACCUUAUCUUUUGUUCCACUAAAAAUCACACUAAUGACAGGCAUGUGCCAAGAUUAAUAUCUAGAAUUCACAAUAUCACAGUGUAAUAUAUCACUAGAGCAGUAUUCCUUAAUCAGGGCGUCAGUUAAAAUUGGUCUUUAUGCUGCUUUCUGACUGUUACAGAAUUUAUCUCUGGAGAACAAAUCCUGGCCAAUGGAACACAAUAUUGUACAUGUUAGAUGAUAUUAUGGUCACAUGCUUCAUGUCACAUCAGCUGACAUGUCUGUGAUGUACAUGCCAUUUCUGCCAUGCAAAUUUCAAUAUGUAGACAAUAACGGUUAUGUAAUAAGUAAUACAAGACUUAAGAUAUGUGCGAGAAAACUGUGCACAGAUAUUUGAAACUUAUUUUGAACAAGCUGCCAAAUCUUAUCUUCUCUUAUUUAGUAUUAUUAUUAUUAUUAUUAUUAUUACUAUUAUUAUUAUUAUUUUUUGCUGUUGUUUAUUCAACUGUUUUGUGAAGACGUUCUGUAUUUGGGCUUUUGUGUGUCACUACAAAUUAUUGUAUUUAUUUUGUCCACCCCCUAGCCCCCCUCCAUGCCCCCAUUAAAUUUGCCAUAUUUGUUAUAGUGAAAUAUUGGGUACAUAAAUAUCUUUUUGGGUAAAGGUUACUGUAUUUAAUACACUGUAUUAAAGUAAGACACUUUAUGUA